CGUGCUGUUUCUUUUGGGUGCUUGAAUGGAAGACAAACAUUUUUAUGACGUUCAGUUUGCACGUGCAGUAUCCUUUUUGUCAGGGUAGAGCACACAAUGCACGCACUGGCAUGGUUGGAUCCUGCCGUUUUCCUCAGCAUUUUGCUUUUGACAAACAAUUUAAAAAGGACUGUGACAAAAGAUGGCCCAUCCACUCUGCAACCUCGUUCACUAUGAAGCUUACUACCGCUUUAAUCUCCUUGUUGCCCCUCGCUGCGGCAUUGCCUUUCGGCGGCAAACCCGGCAAUGGACAGUCGGGCUGCUUGGAAUUCACCGUCAUCGGUGAUUGGGGGUCAGGUGUUCCUGAACAGAAUGUAACUGGGCGUGCCAUGCAGAAAGUUGCAGAGAAAACCAACGCAAAGUUUGUGAUUGCCCUCGGUGACAACUUUUACGCUUCAAAUGCCAACUCAUCCAAGGCUGCCCAGUACAACUAUGAAGGAGUCAAGUCUGCAACGGACGGCAAAUGGACCGAUUGGUGGGCAAAUGUGUAUAAAGGGAGACUAGCCGAGAUUCCUUGGUACGGUGUCGCUGGCAAUCACGAUUGGGCGGGAUUACCAAAGGCACUUGUGGAUCGGACUCAAGUCAAGGACCAAGGCAAGUGGAGAAUGGAUGACUUUUUCUGGGAUAUGGAGAUACCCUAUGGCAACGGCAAAAAGGCUGGUUUCGUGUUCAUCGACACCGAUCUCCUUUACUACGGCUACAACGGCGACAAAAAGUACCCAGCAAUCGCAGAAAACUUUGCGGCUCACAACUGGACAGCCCAACAUCACUCCAUUGAGGCUCAUCUCGCCAAGAUUGAAAAGCAGCUCCAAAAGUACGACGACAAAGACUACCUCAUUGUAUCCGGACACCAUCCCUUGGGAACUUGCACAGCCGAAAAGAACAUGACAUCCCUUUUGGCGUUGUUGGACAAGUAUGCACCCACUGCCUACAUGUACGGCCACGUUCAUUCUCUGCAGUACACCGUUCGUCAGAACAAGAAGGGAAAUACCAUGUACGUACAAUCGGGUGCAGGUGGAAGAAGUGAAGAGGUUUGUCCCGAGAGCAAGAAUCUUACCACGCCCAGUUGGGGAGUCGGUGGCACUUAUGGAUUCGUCAGUGCCACUUUGAACGACAAGGGUUUUAAGGUGGAAUACUUUGAUAUCAAAGGUAACUCUGUUUACAAAGCGGAGAACGGACCAAGGAAGGGUCGGAAACAUUAGUAUUAUCGUUUCACGAUCAAUCACGGACAACUUUUGUACCAGAUAGCAUAAUGCAUUUAAAUCCUGAUCAUGUUAUAAUCAUCAUAGAAUAUUACGAGUAGUUAGAAUUUGUUUUCAUCUGUUUUGGGUUCAUUGAAUACGUGCGAGACUUUGAGUAGCAUGAAAAUCGGCUGGCUCCAAUCAAAAAGUCUACAUAAUGUUAAUGACCCACAUAAACGUUGUACCCUUGUUGCAAAUGCAAGACAACCCUAACCAUUGAUGAUCCUCUGAAAUAUGAUGAUUUCUUG